AUGCACACCCAACAGUGCUUCGACUCGCAGUCCAAGAUUGAGAUAACGGCGAUUGCCGAGUUUAUCCAUUCAAUCGACGCUGACUUAGCCGCUGCCUCGGACACACAGUGGCGUGAAGCUAGUCAAAUGAACUGUAGCCCACAUUUGUCACCGGACAAGCCCGUCGCCGUACGCUCUGAUGCUCGAGUAUCAUAUUCGACAGAACUACAGCCUCGCAAGAGAAAUGAAGCUCUAGCGCUCCGGACCCAAGUGAAAGAACUGAAGGCUCGACUCGCCCAGUUGAAGAGAAAACGUCAAGCACACCUCGAGAAUGCAUUGGCUCUCUCUUCAGGAACUCACCGGGAAGGUACGAUUCGUUGGCGCAGCAUAGCGGUCAUGGCUUGUGAAGUUCGACAACUCGCCGAACGUUCAAACCGUGAGCUGAAGACAAUCGUGGAAAGUCAAGACAAAGUUCGAGCUUCAAUUCUGCGUCUACUCGCCAAGACGAACGCUAUCUGCGAAGUGGACAUGCAUUUCGUCCGCAAAGCACAACCUCGCGUCGACGUUCCGCUCUUUUUGCCCGACUUCGUUGACACGAUUAAGCAGCGGCUAUCGAGCAGGCUAAAAAGUCUCCACGUCAAACUGAUGUUUCCUCAAGCGGAUUCGUCCACAGUGGUCUCCUAUCGUUACCAAACUGUGCCUUUUGGCCAUCUUGGGAAUCGUGUCGAUAUAUCAUCGACAACUCCAAUGUCGUGUUCGGUUCAAGAGACAGGGGACUUACUAUGGAGUUUCACCACUGCGAACAGUAUGAAAAGCGCCAGCUCUGUCGACUAUGUUGCCAAAAAGACCGCAGGGCCUCUCGAUAUGACCUGCGUAUCAUCACUACGCGAAGGCCAACAGCUACUUCACACAAUUAGCGUGUUUCGUCGAUUUAACGAAGGAUACCAGAUCGUUCUUAUGGGAGCUGCAAUGUGGUUUCUUCCCGGUGCCGGUCUCGUGUUGCAAGACUACAACUGGACUGUCAUCUCGCCGACUCAAACAUACCCAGAGUACAGAAGUGUGGUCCGACACUGCUACAACUUGGAAGAGACUAUCGUCUCACCAGCCACAACUCAAACUCAGAAGACGAUCCUCGAUUUAGUCGGUAACCGGAUGCGAAUCAUCACCCUGGAGAUGCAAGAUACGCUACUUAGUGAGGGAGAUUCUUCGUUCACAUCCUGA